AUGAUCAAGUCGGAUUCGCAUGAUAGUACAGCCGAGUAUCAUAGUUACAGUGAACAGUUAAUCAAAGAUGAAACUUUAUCACGAGCACGACGUGCUCGACGUCAAAAUCGAACUAAUUCAGGAACAACAAGUGGUGAUGAAACAAGACGAGAAGUUCCGGAAGGUCAUCUACGACCACCAUCAGCUCGUCGUCAGCCAAAAACGUCACCGAAACGUUCAGAUUUACCUCCAUUAGAUAAUUCAACGAGUAUUAUCGUAGAAAACGAAACAAAACCUAAACGAAGGACUAAAGCAGCAAAAGCACGUGAAAACGAAGAAAUCGAAAUGACACCAAGAGAGUCACCUGGGGAUCGUCGACAACGACGACGUCCAAAAAGUGCAAAAUCCAAAGAUGCACAUUCUGAAGCAGAACCAACGAAUGAUUCCGAACGAGAUAAAAUCUUAGGCAUUGUUGUUCAUCGAACAGAUCGUUUACGAACAGAUUUACGACUUCGACAUCCAUUCGUACGUGUUCAUAUAGUUGAUCUGAGCACACGAUCUUAUGUCCGGAAAACUGAUCCAAAUCGUUUAGUUCUUCGGUAUCAUCUUCAAAAUGAACAAUCAGUCGAUCACAUUCCAGCCAUUUCUACACAUCCCUACGAUUUCAACGCCAAUCGUUCAACUAUUCCGUCCUGGGAGCAAAUGUUGAUUAUUAACGAAGAAUACCCACAUUUUACUAGCGUACAACAACAGAAUAUCUUUAUUUUCUUUGAAAUUUUGGAAUUUGUUACUAAUCAACAGAAUAUUAAUGAUCUAUCCAACACAUUUCCCAUCGCUUGGGCGUUUUUAAAAGUCAUGGGUUCACGGAAUGUAUUAAACACCGAACGAAUGAUUCGGCUGCAACUUUGGCAACCUAUUGAGCAUAUCCGUGGUUCUGCACUGACACCCGAUGUUGUUAUGUGGUACAAUCAUGUAUCUCGCACAAAAUAUCCUUCCACACUCUAUGUAACGGUUAAACCAUUAAACAUUCCCAAUCAUUUUCAUCCAGGUCUUCGAUCGGCAUUGGAUGGUGGCAUCGAGCAAAUGCGAAGUGAAUACCGACAAAUCAAACGUGAACUUGAAGAGCACAUUCCAGGUGGUUCGAGCGAUCAUCUAACCGAAACACAACAGAUGGAUCUUAAUAAUGAAACCAUGGGUCCAUUACAACGUGUAGCACAACUACCUCCACGUUGGCAAAAGUUACCGAAUUCCAAAUGUAAAAUCCCUACUGAAUCCUUACUUUCCUUGAAUACGAGCGAACGUGGCUGCUCGGCGAUACGUUUUUCACACAAUGGAUACUUUUUGGCUUGUGCAGAAGUGAAUAAACUUCAAGAAAAUAAUUUAAUAUCAGUUUUUGAAAUUCCACGAGGACAACGUGUCGCCGUGUUUUCCGGACAUUUACAGAUGAUCUAUGAUUUAGAUUGGACUCGAUCCGAUCGUUAUUUAGCAUCCGGAUCAGCAGAUUCAUCUGUCAAAAUCUGGAAUUUUGCACAAACGGAACGCAAGCCAUGGCGUACACUAGCUCAUCCAAGUUAUGUCUAUUGUGUUCGAUUUCAUCCAUUCGUUGAAAACAUUCUCGUCACUGCUGGCUACGAUAAAAUGAUUCGUAUAUGGAACAUCGAUAAGAAACAUGGACAAGUGAUUCGAACGAUGUCAGAUCAUUUAGGAUACAUUAGUAGUCUAUCGUUCAAUCCAGAUGGCACACGUCUAGCAUCAGUUGAUAGUAUCGGGUCUAUCAAAGUCUGGCAAGGCUUACCGAACGAAACAAGUACAUCUCAAAUAUUUGCUGAUAGUUGGACAUUGGGUUCAAGUUUAGACUUUGGUGAAUUACAAAAUAUUCCAUUGAAUAGUAUCACUUAUUCACCAGGCGAUAAUUAUCUAUUAGUCUCUGCUCGAGACAAUUUAAUUGUGUUAAUUGAUGUUCGAACAAAAUCAAUAUCGCGUCGAUAUGUCGGAGCAUUUAAUUUACAAGAUCGAAUCCGUUCGACAUUUUCAUCAUGUGGCUCUCUCAUUUUUGCUGGUAGCGAAGAUGGUCAAGUACAUUGUUGGCAUACUUACAAUGGAAAUCUACUCUAUUCAUACAAAUACAUAAAUUAUACACAACCAGUUAUUGAUAUUCAGUUUCAUCCAUUUGAUAAUUUGGUAGCAAUGUGCGCGAUCGGACCAUUGCAUCAAGUUUAUGUAUUUCAACACACAUUUGAUGAUGCUGAUAUCGAAGCUAAACCUUAUCAACAGCCAAGUCCAGUUAAGACUGUAAUUGUACCAUCGGGAACGCUAGGAACGUCGAUAAUAGCAUCAGACACGGAUAGAAGUAUGACCAAAGGAAGAUUUGAAAGUAGUGGUGAUGAAUUACCAAGAACAGUAGUUUCGAAAAAUGAAUCGAAAAAUCGACGAUUGGCUGUUGUCAAUAAAAUUCUCGAUGAGAUGGACGAUGUUAUCAAUCCCAAAUCUAGUACCAGUCGCCAUCGAGACUCAGUUACAGGCUAUGGCGGCGGUCACAUGAUGUCACGCACAACUGAACGUGAUAUGUCACCUUAUCAAGGUCAUCGAAAUCUUCCAUCAUCAGGAUACAAUUCCGAUUCUGGACGACCUCCACUCGUUAGUCCUUUACGCAACUUAACAUCACCCGAUCUAUUCGUACCAGUUUCCAAUCGCACCAAUGAUGACGAUGAUGAUUAUGCCUACCAAAGAACACCAUCAUCAUCAACUCAGAUCAUGUAUGCAACAACAAAUUAUACUGCCGCACGUCCCCAAGAAUUAUCAUUUUCUAAAAAUGACAAGAUUAAAAUCUUAAACAAAGAAUCUCAUUUACUCUGGUACGCGGAACAUGUUCCAACAGGUGCACGUGGUUAUGUCUCACCAAAUCGCGUACAUAUCAGUGCAAGAGACGCUUAUUCCCCAUCACCAAAAGCAACAGUAUCAAAUACAGAUAGACGUUUCAUUAGUGAAGUACCACGUUUGGAUAAUAGUAGCCGACGUGUUCAACAAAAAAGUGUGAAGUUCGACGAUUCUGACUAG